UGAACAACAGACACAAUGGAGAAAAUAAUUUUCUUCUUCUGUGUAUUUUCUUGUUGGAUUAUGCCAAGCUCAUCGAGUGAUGCGUCAGUGCGAGGAUCUUCUGAUCUGUUAAGGGUUCAGAUGGGAGAAAGCAUCAGUCUGAACUGCAGCAUGAGAAGCCGAUAUGAAGUCGCCUGGUAUCACCUCAGAUCUGGAGAACUGCAUCUACUGACUGCUGCAGAGAAAGAUGAAUCAGGAAGAAAACUCCUGAUCAACUACAAUCCAAACAGCCCUCGACUGAAUCUUACAGCAGACACUUGGGUCACCAGAGCCACGCUGGUUAUUUCUGGAGUAACAGAGUCAGAUGUGGGUCUUUAUUUCUGUGGAACAAAGUCUGACGCUCCAGAGAUGUUCUUCGACAAACCCAUCAGACUAGAGAUCCAGGGUCUUAUUGUAGUACAAGAGACAAAAGAAGAAGCUGACAACACAGACGAGGUGACGGUGACACUGACGGAGCGUGUGCUGAUGUUCGGUGGUGUUGGUCUGGCUGUGUUGGUGUUUUUUCUGGCUACAGUCAUCGCAGGAGGAAUCAUUCACUAUCACGGCUGGCAGAAAGGAUGGACCGCAGCCAAACGUUCAUCUCUGAUUCACCACAAAUCAGCUAAAUAACUUCUAUUUCUGCUUUAACUCAAUAUAUCCCUGCGAUCUGCAUUGCUUUGCUGUACCACGAAUUAAAACAGGAAUUGUGGCUGAGAUGCUUUUCCUGUUGACUUGAUCUACUUUCGCUUCAGAGAUGUUCUGGCAAACGUUGCAUUGUUUCAGCACCAGUAAAACUUACACGAUCAUUAAUGGCUGUGGUUAUUAUUCAGGUUUGUGGUUCAUUUGUGCUUGUCAGUAACAUUAAGUUAAAUAUAAAAACACUGUUACUGCUACUCUUUUUAAUGCAACAUGAUUCAAUAUUCAAUAUACACAAUAUUCAAGCCAGACUAGCAUGUUUAA